CUUUAUAUAUUAGGUGGGCGCACAUCGGAUGCUUUAGUAUAGCUACGUGAGUUCAGCGCGCAUCAACAUGGCCUCAGCGAAAUUGCUACUUUUCAGUGCCUUGCUGGCCAUAAUGGCCGCCAGCAGCUCGGCGGGCCUUUUGGAUACCUUCUUUCCCACCAUUAUGACGGAGUUCUACAAUCAGGCGCCCACCAAGGAGGGCUACCGCUUUAAAAUAGAUGAUCCCAAUGGCAGCCAACGCGAGGAAAUGGGUGUGAUCAUGAAUCCCGGCACACCCGAAGAGGAAUUGGUGGUGAUGGGUACCUACUCCACAUACGAUGAAAAGACUGAUACCGACACUGUGACCAUGUAUACCGCCGACAAGGAUGGUUACAAGGCUCGUUACCAAAUCAAGAACCGCAAACUGAGCCCUGGAGCCCUGAAGUCCGCUGCUGGAUAAGGAUUAAUUAGUUUAGAAUUGUAAACAAAGAGUCAAAAAUAUAUUUUCUACUGCCGAAA